UUUCAAUUUUCCCAAACAGAUCAAUUUUUCUGCUACAUUUCAAACACUGGAGAAUGGUGUCGACAGUUGCAUUUAGAGGGACAGUUGCUGCAGGAUUGUGGGCCAGAACGAUUUUCUGGACAACAAAUGUUCGGAAUGGGACAUGUAGGACCAUCACUACAUCACGAUCUACUUUUCAUGAGAACCCUCUUGGAAUCCCACGGAAGCCAUUACCUCAAGUCCCUGGACGCGGGCCAGGUGCGGGUCCUGCUCCUACCAUUCCAAGAAUGCAGCGUGGAUUACCCCAAAAGAUGCCAAUCAAGGGCGUAAAGCAUAUCAUUGCGGUAGCCUCUGGAAAGGGUGGUGUUGGCAAGUCUACCACUUCAGUAAACUUGGCAUUAGCUAUUGCAGGAAUGAACAAGCGUGUUGGGCUCUUGGAUGCAGAUAUCUUUGGGCCUUCAAUUCCUCGCCUCAUGAACCUUAGCGGCGAACCAGAACUGACAGGAACAGAGGAUCGUCUUGUACCUCUGACGAACUUUGGAGUGAAGUGCAUGUCCAUGGGUUUUCUGGUUGGAGAAGAGGCGCCCGUUGUAUGGCGAGGACUGAUGGUCAUGAAGGCUUUGCAACAACUUUUGCACCAGGUCGAGUGGGGUGAACUUGACUUGCUUGUCAUUGACAUGCCUCCGGGCACCGGGGAUACACAAUUGACCAUCUCGCAACAGAUCCCACUUUCUGGAGUAGUAAUUGUCUCGACUCCCCAGGAUAUCGCAUUGAUCGAUGCCCGUAAGGGAGUCAAUAUGUUCAAGAAAGUUAAUGUUCCGAUCUUGGGUGUUGUACAAAAUAUGUCGCUCCACGUGUGUCCUAAUUGCAACCACGAGUCGCAUAUCUUUGGAGAUGGAGGUGCAGAAAGAACAGCAAAGGAAAUGAACCUUGACUUUUUAGGCGAUGUUGCACUUCACUCGGAGAUCUGUCAAUUAUCGGACAAAGGUCAACCCGUCGUUGUGUCCAGACCAAACAGUAAACACACAGAAUACUACAAAGCCAUUGCAUUCAAGGUUGUCGCUAAGCUUUGGCCAUCAGAUACGAUCCAAUCUACAUAGCUAAAACUAAUAAUAUAGUAUGGUAUAAUGGCAUUAAAAAAAAGAAAAG